GCCGUAGCGAGAUAUUAAUCACAACACGGAAAUGCCAAACUGCAGUCUUGUUUGAAACUCCAUUUAUUCUUUUAAGAGUGUGAUGCUGAAUGUUGCAUCGGGAUUGGGGUUUCAGUGUGGUGCUCACAAAAGUUAUCGACGCUUUAAAAUCGAGGUGUAGUGCUGUUAAAGCUUGUGAUACUGUUGAACUUUGCUUUGUGGCUGGCUGGUUGCGGAUUAAGGUCAGAUAUGUAGUGGAGCCAAGUAGUUAUAUGCUUUCAGACGGUUAGUUAGAAAACAAUUAUCCAAGGCUGUCAAUAAUAAUAAUAAUAACAACAACAACCAUCACCAUCCAUCCAUCAACAUGAAGCUGAGUUCAUCAGUGUUUGCAUCGUUCUGUCUCAUUACUGAAUUACUCGGCAUUGCCCUUUUCUUGAGAGGGUUUUUCCCAGUUCCAAUCAAGUCGUCUUUAUCAUCAAAGAGCAAAUUAUCGGAUCUGCCAGCAGAACCAGUUGUAGGAAGUAACCCAAACUCGACCAAAGUGCCUCCUCCGUUAUUCAACAGGGUGGUCAUUGUGUUAAUUGACGCUUUAAGAGACGAUUUUGUCUUUGGGCCCAGUGGGAAGAGGUUCAUGCCGUACACCAGGAACCUAGUGGAGAGCGGAUCAUCUCACAGCUUCAUUGCUAAAGCCAGACCUCCUACUGUCACCAUGCCUAGAAUCAAGGCUCUGACCACGGGCAGCAUUCCCGGCUUCAUCGAUGUUGUAUUGAACCUGAACUCCCAGGCGCUCUUAGAGGACAACCUUCUCUGGCAGGCCAAAAACACUGGGAAAAGGAUCAUCUUCUACGGUGAUGACACGUGGGUGCGGCUUUUCCCUAAGCACUUCUUAGAGUACGACGGCACCACGUCUUUCUUUGUCUCCGACUACACUGAGGUGGACAACAAUGUGACACGUCAUUUGGACAGCACCCUGAAGAGAGACGACUGGGACGUGUUGAUCCUGCAUUAUCUGGGACUGGACCACAUUGGACACAUCAGCGGGCCGCACAGCUCUCUAAUUGGGCCCAAACUCCUUGAGAUGGAUGAUGUCAUGAAAAAAAUACACACCUCUGUUAUCACAACGGAGGCUGAGGGCACGCUGCCUAAUUUGCUUGUGCUGUGUGGUGAUCACGGCAUGUCUGAGACGGGCAGCCACGGAGGAUCAUCAGAGGCGGAAGUCAACACUCCACUAGUCCUCAUCAGCCCCGCCUUUCCGACGAAAGAGGACAUGGGUGAACCUGUUGUGGUGGAGCAAGUAGAUCUGACCCCUACUCUUGCACUGGCUCUAGCACUGCCCAUCUCACAGAACAGUGUGGGACGCCUGAUUCCGGCUGUGUUUGAGAAAGCCUCACUCAGGGAGCAGCUCCGUUACCUCCAUAUCAAUGGCCACCAGCUCAGCAGUCUGCUUCGGGAUAGUAACCCUGGCUUCCAUAAGGAGGACGGUUACGAGCAGUUUCAGAUGGCAGAGAAAGCCCAUGGGAGCUGGAUGAAGCUAUAUGUAGAGGGAAACACAUCUGAGGUGUUGAGCAACAUCGCAAAAAAAGUGCUUAAGCAGUACCUGGAGGCUCUGCAAGCCAUGAGCGCAGCCCUCAGCAAGCAGCUGGGCAAAUACGACAUGUACUCCAUGAUGGUGGGAAUGAGUCUCAUACUACAGAUUCUGGUCUUACUGUUGUUGGCCAUGCCGGAGGCUCUGAGCAGUGCUGCAUGUGUGGAUCUUCCCCUGGCAACCACCUUUGUCUCUCUACCAUUCUACCUCCUUGUCCUGCUGGGUUCCUCUGUACAUGUGCUGGUGUGUACCUCGUCCGAGGCCUCAUGCUACUUCUGCUCGCUGCCCUGGCUCCUGGCCUUUGCUGGCAUCAUAUUCUCCUCAGCCCUGUUUUGUACUCUGGUGGCCAUGGCAGCCAGACGUGCACUCAAAGUCGAUAACAAGCAGACCAAGACCUCUUCCUCAGAGUGGACUCUGACCGAACUGGACGUUCUGCUCCUGAUCGGCACACUCGGGCACACUCUCAGCUUGGCCUCCAGUAGCUUCAUAGAAGAGGAACACCAGACAUGGUACUUCCUGCUCAACACGCUCUGCCUGGCCGUCUUCCAGGACGUCUGCAGGAAGUACUUCAGGGAAAAGAGACGCACAGGUGAAGAUGAGGAAAGUCUUCUCCUGCUUUCUACAGUGGAGGAAAAAGGUGCAUCUUUCUCUCCGGUGACUGAGCUGGGGGUCAGCGCAGACUCUGAGAAGUGGUUAGCCCUGGCCACGCCGCUCCUCACUCUGGCAUGCUGUCGAAUGCUCAGGUCUCUUAACCAAACCGGGGUGCAGUGGGCACAUCUGCCUGACCUGAGCCACUGGCUCAACAGUGGAGAUCAUAAGGUGUUCCUGUCUCUGCUGUCUGUUCUCUCUCUGCUGCUGAUUUUCCUGCUGGUCCAGCGGCACUGUUCGCUGGUGUCUAAGAUCGCCCUGGCGCUUGGCCUGCUGGGAGUUUACAGCUACCGUGCUGCUGUUGGCAGCGUCCUGUUCCCAUGGCAGCACUCAGCCCAAGCCAUGUCCAAGGGAACAGGUGAGGCGCACUUCGUCUAUGUCUUUGUCCUCGGGAUCCUCUUCACCGGUGUCAAGGAUUUGCUGCAAUCACAAGUGAUGUCAUCGGUGGUGGAUGGCAGGCGAUUGAAGAGCAGGGGAUUGUGGGAGGUGUACAGUGGCAUGGUGCUGCUUGUGGCGCUGCUGUUCCGGGCUCACAAUCUGCCCACGCUGGCAUGCUGCCUACUCAUCCAGACCCUAAUGGCUCAGUUCAUCUGGAAGAGGCUGCACUAUGAUGCCGCCCAGACCACCAUUAUGCACUACUGGUUUGGACAGGCCUUCUUCUAUUUCCAGGGGAACUCCAAUAACAUAGCGACAGUGGAUAUCUCAGUGGGCUUUGUGGGACUGGAGAGCUAUGUGGAGGCUCCUGCUGUCUUCCUCACAGCGUUUAGCACCUAUGCAGGUCCGCUGCUCUGGGCCUGCCAUCUGGUGUGUUACCUCAGCUCAGAGAGAGACAGAGCGGUCUCUCUCGGCCACAGCAGCUACUGUUUUGCCCUGCUGCGCUCCAUCCCUGCUGUGUUGUACAUAAUGCUGGUAACUGCACUGCGCUACCAUCUCUUCAUCUGGAGCGUCUUCUCCCCAAAGCUCCUCUACGAGGCCAUGCACACUCUGGUCACCAUGGCCGUGUGCCUCUUCUUCACCUUCAUGGAUCAGGAUCGUACACGUAGACCAUGAAGCACCUGAGCUUUCAAUUCCCUCCAGCUGAUAACCGAGAGAAGGAGGACAGGAUCUGAUUGAGAGGCUUGUCACAUGAAGACAGGCAAUCACUAAGAUGAAAAUGAGAUGAGGGAUGGGUGAAAGGAUGUUUAUGAUGUCACGUCAUUGCGACAGGAUGGGCGGGGAGACAGAGAGGGUGAUGAAUGAGGGUGGAGUGAAGUGAAGUGAAUGAAACAGGCUUGAUGUUGCAAAUGUAAAGCAAUAUGUAUUCAUUAGUGAAUUCUGAUACUGUACUAUAGAAUACACACUAAAUUUCUCUGGAGGUUUUAUGUCUGGUUUGCCCGGAGAUGAUUAAUAAGGUCUGUUUCUAUUUUAUUUUUGUAUUGCAAAUUUAUGAGGUUAUUUAUUGUGAUAAAAGAAAGCAAAUACAAAUACAACACAAAGCAGGUAAUUCCAUCAGCGAGCUAAACACUUUCAAUUCCAUUUGUUUUUGUUUUUUUGUUUUUUUUAUCAACAGUUACAGAUUUGGAAAGUUUUGUUACCUGUUUUUAAAGUAUAGGGUGUCCCAAAAGUCUCCAUAUAGAGAUGAAAUGAACACUUUUUAGCAAAAUAUAACUUUAUUUACAAAUCUUCUUCUACAUGAUUGCCAUUUAUUUCUAAAUACACAUGGAGUCGUCUCUACCACUCAAGCCCUGCGUCCAGUUGGCAUACUAUCCGUACUAAAUAGUAUCCGAGCUGACAAUUAGUAUGUCCCAAAUCAUAUUAUGUUCAAAUGAGUAUCCCAGAGGUACCUGGAUGACCUACUAUUUCUGGUAGAUUUUCAAAGUGUGCAAGCGUGUACACCUUUUCAGCUAAUAUUGCCCACAACUCCUUGCGCGAGGGAGGAGGAGUUUUGUGACGGUUUGUUUUGAUGAAUUCAAGGAUGCAUUUUAGCGAGGAGUAAAUGAAAUGUGGAAAUAAAACAUCAAGGGUCUGAUCAGUUAAAUAAUAUAGUAUAAAUUAUAUAAGGAAUAAAGAAAAGCUGAAAUGCAAUGGGAAGUUGGUUUACUUGGACAAUGUUCUCUACUGGGCAACAUCGUUCUCGGCGUGUUAGUAUGUCUCAGUACUACUCAGCAUACUCUUUUAAUACAAACUGAAACGUAUGUAAUUUUUCUUGACAAAAAGAGUACAUAUGUUUAGUACAUAGUAUAAGUAUGCCAAUUGGGAUGCAGGGAUGGUGAACUCGUGUUAACACAUCUAGUGUCAUGCAUGUAAUUGCAUGUCCAUCGCAACCUUGCAACACUUUCCCGAUCCAGCCAUGAGAAUGAUUUCAAUAUACUCUUCUGUUGUCAAAUGCAUUCUUAAAGGAUAAUUAUUUAACCUAAGUAUGAACAAUUUUGAAAUGCAUUUUGCUAAAAAUUGUUUAUUUCCCCUAAGCGUUUUUGGGUUGUUUUUUUUUUUUUUUUUACGGAGACUUUUGGGGCACCCUCUAUUUUCUUUUUUUUCACUAGAAAGUAUAAAAACUAUUUCACCCAUUUAAAUUAGAAAUAUUACAUUCAAAUAUUUCCACUCUCCAAAAAACUAAGGCUUCAUAGCUCUGAAAUCAAACUACAGCUAUUCAUAUUAUAAAAGUUUCAAAUUUGCUGUUUGACAUUCUGUAUAAGAACUGAUUUAUUAAUGCAAAGUUCCUUCAGCCGGCAUGUAGAUCAAAUGACUUACAGAGCAAAUAAGUUAUAUAUCGUUUAAUCUCAUUCUCAGAGUUCAGUCACAUCACCGAAUUGAAUUUCACCUCUUCUUUGAAAUUAAAUACAUGUUCUGAAAA